AUGAAGUGGGAGGCUUCUAGCUCAUUACUUGCGCUGCUUGCGGCAACCGCGGCAGGCUGGCCUUACGAAGAGUCCUUAGUUGACUACAACCUCAACGUGAACAAAAAUGCUGCCAGCCCAGCAGACUAUUCCGCCCCAGAAUGGCGAAACCACAAGUAUACGCCUUCGCCAGAGAACUGGAGGUUUCCGUUUUAUACCCUGUUCUUGGACCGAUUCGUCAACGGCGAUCCUACGAAUGAUAACAUAAACGGAACUGUCUUUGAACAUGAUCUACACUCAAACCAAAUGCGACAUGGUGGUGACGCACAAGGCUUGGUGGAUACCCUCGACUACCUUCAGGGAAUGGGGAUCAAGGGAAUCUACCUCGCAGGUACAAUCCUCAUGAACCAACCUUGGGGAGCAGAUGGUUACUCGAUCUUGGAUACCACGCUGCUGGAUCAGCACUUCGGCACCAUUCAGACAUGGAGAAACGCGAUUAACGAGAUUCACAAGCGUGGAAUGUACGUCUUAUUUGACAACACUAUCGCAACAAUGGGAGAUCUGAUCGGUUUCAAAGGCUACUUGAAUGAGACCACCCCGUUUUCCGUCCAUGAGCACAAAGCUCUCUGGAAAUCUGAGCGCCAUUAUGUUGAUUUCGAUAUUGGCAACACGUACAACGAAACUUGCGAAUAUCCCCGAUUCUGGAAUGAAACUGGCUGGCCAGUUGACAAGGAUGUUCGUGACCAGUUGCAGGGUUGCUACGAUAGCGAUUUCGAUCAAUAUGGUGACAGAGAGGCCUUCGGUGUAUAUCCAGACUGGCAGCGCCAGCUGGCCAAAUUCGCAUCAGUUCAAGACCGCCUCCGUGAAUGGAACCCUAGUGUCCGAGAAAGGUUGAUUAGGCACUCCUGUAUGAUCAUCAAAGCACUGGAUAUCGAUGGUUUCCGCUAUGACAAAGCCACUCAAUCCACCGUGGACGCCCUUGGAGACAUGUCGAGUGCUUAUCGUGAGUGUGCUCGCGAGGUUGGCAAGACGAACUUCUUCCUCCCCGGUGAGAUUACUGGUGGAAACAACUUCGGUUCGAUCUAUCUAGGGCGUGGUCGACAGCCCAACCAAUAUCCUGACUCCGCGAUGGAUUCAAUGGCUAUGAACAACGAGUCUAGACAUCAGUAUUUUCUUCGUGAGGACGGCCUACAAGCACUCGAUAGUGCUGCCUUCCACUACUCGGUUUACCGAUCUCUUACCCGAUUUCUCGGCCUCGACGGAAAUCUCGCGGCGGGUUACGAUACGCCUGUUGACUGGACCGACGCCUGGAACUUGAUGGUGAUGACCAACGAUAUGAUCAACGCAAAUACCGGUGAAUUUGAUCCUCGACACAUGUAUGGAGCUACAAAUCAGGAUGUUUUCCGUUGGCCAGCCAUUGACCAGGGUAUUGAACGCCAACUUCUAGCAAUGUUUAUUACUACCCUGCACCUCCCUGGUAUUCCAAUAUUGUUAUGGGGCGAAGAGCAAGGUUUUUAUAUAUUGGACGCCACCGCAGAUAACUAUGUCUACGGCCGUCAGGCAAUGUCUCCAGCUACAGCAUGGAAGACCCAUGGCUGCUUCCAAUUGACAGCGGACCAAUAUAACAACUGGCCCAUCACCAAAGGGCGUGAAGGCUGUCAUGACGACACCGUGACCUACGACCAUCGCGAUCCAUCCCAUCCUCUGCGGAAUAUUGUCAAACACAUGUAUCAGCUGCGACAAGACUAUCAAGUCUUGAAUGACGGAUAUUCUGUCCAGAAGCUAUCCAAUCAAACACGUCAAGUCUUCUAUCCCGGCUCAAACGGCACAGCUACGGAAACCGGAAUGUGGUCUAUACUGAGAGACUCGGUAUACAGGAUUCAGAAGCUUGACAACGAGCAGCCGGUCUGGCUUGUAUACCAGAAUGAUAACAAAACGGUGGAUUACAAAUUCAAUUGCAAGGACAAUGACACGGCUCUGAUAUCGCCCUUUGACACGAAAACGACCGUUGUCAAUCUGUUCUACCCGCACGAUGAAUAUGAGUUGGAGGACGGCCCCAAGAAGCUCCGGCUCAAUGGUUCAAACGAGUUCAAUGGAUGUCUUGAUAGCAUCAAAUUGAAGCCAUUCGAAUUCAAGGCUUUCGUCCCGAAGGCACAGUUUGUUAAACCUGGACCCAUGAUUACCAGAAUCACCCCUGGACAUGAUCAACCAGUUAUUUCCAAGGUCGGAGCCAGCGAGGCCGAAGACAUCGAUGUGAGCAUUUACUUCAACACGGAGAUGGACUGUGACUCUGUCACAAAGGCCAUCAAACUGCGGUCCACGACAGAGGCUGGUAAGACAGCUUCUAUUGACAAAAACAGCGUGGAUUGCAAGAAGGUCGACGCAAGCAAGACGCAGUGGACUGCCCAGCUUCCCAGCACCUGGGUCUGGACGUCAAAGCUGACCGGUGUUUACAACGGAAUCCAUCGCCUGACCAUCACCAACGCCACCAGCGAAGACGGUGACUCGACAGAGGCUGUUGACCACUUCCUCCUCCGCGUUGGCCAGAUAGACAACCCAAUGAUCUCCACUGCAGCCAACUACUCCGUCGAUCUCCUCCACCAGCACGACAAUGGGACACUUUUUGUUCGACACAAAGCCGCUGGCGCUGACAAGUACCGGUAUUCCACCAACUGGGGUAGCACCUUCUCUGACUGGCGCGAGUACAAAGGUGGCGACGAUAUGAUUGAAGAGCUUCCUUGGUCCGGAACUGAUAAACAAAAGUGGAAUGGAAAGCACGUCCGCGUCGAGUACUGGAGCAAGUUGACCGGUAGCAGCAGCUAUGCCCAAGAAGGGGACUACGGUAUAAGCCGCCAAAGGCGCUUCCCUCAUCUUUUUUUCAAUGGACCUUACAACCAGUACGGAUACGAUGCCGGUUUGGACAACGAGGUGAAGCAGGACAGCGACGGGUAUUGGAAGUAUCGACUUCGAGUGGAGUUCCCAGCCCAGGGGCAAUUCAACGUUUGGGGUAUGAACCCAGAUGGAGAGCCCGACCAAAGCUUUGUGUAUGGUGACCUUGAUUCUGACGGCGUCCUGGAUCGCAUGCCUCCGUCCUCUCUGAGCGACCUAUCAAUUAACGUCACCCGAAAGCCCCCGUCAUCUCACCUGUCAUGGGACCUCUGGGUGGAUGACGGUACCAUGAGCAUCAACUUCCAACCGGCAGGAUCACGUACCAUCCAGAUGGCUGUUUAUUUCUUGCUUUGGUUCGUGCCGCUAGUGACAGCUAUCGCAUGCGUAUAUGCUUUCAUGAAGUCAUUUUACCAGGUCAAAUUCAAUCAAAUCGGAAUCAGCCAAAAGAAGUCUUUGUUUGGUUUCUUCCCUGCCGGGAAGUCUUCACGGAAUCCUCUAAUGCGCCUUGCCAACAAGUCGGGAUUCCUUCAAAGCACGCCUGCAUUCGGAGCAGGAUCUUCACAUCGGCGCAGUGUUCUCAUCGCCACGAUGGAGUAUGACAUUGAAGACUGGGGCAUUAAGAUCAAAAUUGGCGGUCUCGGAGUCAUGGCACAACUCAUGGGAAAGAACCUUGGUCAUCAAGAUUUGAUUUGGGUUGUCCCCUGCGUCGGAGGCGUGGACUACCCAGAGGAUCAGCCGGGCGAGCCAAUGUUUGUUAAAGUCCUUGGGAAUAUCUACGAAGUCAAGGUCCAAUACCAUGUCUUGAACAAUAUUACCUACGUUCUCCUCGAUGCUCCGGUCUUCCGUCAACAGUCCAAGGCUGAACCCUACCCAGCUCGGAUGGACGACCUUGACAGCGCAAUUUAUUAUUCCGCCUGGAAUCAAUGCAUUGCCGAAACCAUCAAGCGUUUUCCGAUCGACCUAUAUCACAUAAACGAUUAUCACGGUUCCAUUGCUCCGCUCUAUCUUCUUCCUCAAACAAUUCCAGUGUGUCUAUCACUCCACAAUGCGGAAUUCCAAGGCCUGUGGCCCAUGCGGACGCAAAAAGAAAGGGAUGAGGUAUGCUCUGUGUUCAAUCUUGAUGUCGAUAUUGCUAGGCGUUAUGUCCAGUUCGGAGAAGUCUUCAACAUGCUUCAUGCCGGUGCAAGCUAUCUUCGCGUCCAUCAACAAGGUUUUGGUGCAGUUGGAGUCUCCAGAAAGUAUGGUAAACGCUCUUAUGCCCGUUAUCCGAUCUUUUGGGGCCUCAAGAAAGUUGGAAAUCUUCCAAAUCCUGAUCCCUCCGACACAGCCGAAUGGAACAAGGAGCUGCCCAAGGAUAACGAAGUCCAGGUCGACGCGAACUACGAGGCAAGCAGAGCUGAACUGAAACGGCAAGCCCAAGAAUGGGCCGGUUUGGAGCAGAACCCCAACGCUGACCUUAUGGUCUUUGUUGGGCGAUGGUCAAUGCAGAAAGGAGUCGAUUUGAUAGCCGAUGUAAUGCCUGCUGUUCUGGAGUCCCGGCCAAACGUUCAAUUAAUCUGCAUUGGCCCAGUCAUUGACCUCUACGGAAAGUUCGCCGCCUUGAAGCUUGACCGGAUGAUGAGACUUUAUCCCGGACGCGUGUUCUCGAAGCCCGAGUUCACGGCACUUCCUCCAUAUAUAUUUUCUGGAGCAGAGUUCGCUUUGAUUCCAUCCCGUGACGAACCGUUUGGAUUGGUUGCCGUUGAAUUCGGCCGCAAGGGAGCUCUCGGUAUUGGUGCGCGUGUUGGUGGCCUUGGUCAGAUGCCAGGCUGGUGGUAUAAUGUUGAAUCCACAACCACUGCUCACCUACUCCAUCAAUUCAAACUGGCUAUCGGAAGUGCAUUGAACUCGAAACCGUCGGUUCGGGCGAAGAUGCGUGCAAGGUCAGCGAAGCAACGAUUCCCCGUGGCCCAAUGGGUUGAAGACCUCGAAAUUCUCCAGUCAACGGCGAUGCGAAUUCACAGCAAGGGCUUGGCCAAGUCAAACGUUCAGCCCUACAACUCUGGAAGCAACACCCCCCUCGGCAUGAUGACACCCCCGAUUGCGUCGACUGGCACCGUCACCCCAACUGGAAUCCAGACACCCCCUCUCGUCCAUUCACGAACAGGAAGCUACUCCAACGUCAACCGUCUGAGUGCCUAUGGACCCCAACAGCGUAACACGAUCGUCUACAGUAGGGACCCAAGCCCAGGCGGCGAUGACCAGCCCAGAUCCGGCCUGUCUCUUGGUGUGAGAGCUGGACCCGGCCAUAUCAUGCGUCGUGGACGCCGCAGGUUGAGAAGAAAUAGCCAGGCUGGGAUGGAGGGAGUUGCCACCAUGACGGAGGAAAGCAGUGAUGACGAUAUCAUCCCAAGUUUCUAUGGAGAAGAGGAGUACACGCUUACGCCUGAGCAAGCCGAGGAGGUUCGACGAGCGGAGGCGGCUCCCCAGGAAGAGCAGACCCAUGGCUCACUCAGGGGCUUCUUCUCUCGCAGGCACUCGAGCCAGAGCUCGAUCCUAUCUCAGACCGUUCUGUCUCCGGCCAGUUCAACAACGUUUGACGGUGACGAGACCCUCGUGCCGCCUACACCGCGCUUUACAGAGCCAGGGAACCGUCUCAGCAGCGCCUCUGUCCUCUCAGUUGACUCCAUCAUCGGCGAGAAGAAAGAUUACAAGUUGCAGAAGGUCGACCCUACGUUCACGGAUAGCACUGGCGAGUUCUACAAGGCGUUCGAGGCGAAGCUCGAAAAGCUCAAUGGUUCCAACUCUGUUUCUCAGCUCUGUAUCGAAGAAUACCUGGAAAAAAGCGAGAAGAAGUGGUUUGACAGAUUCCGUAAUGCACGACUCGGCCGCAACCACUCUCCGAUCCGUACCAAAUUCGAGGGCUCUUCACCCAUGGCAGUCAUCUCAAACGACGAAGUCGAUUCACGGGAAAGUGGAAGCUCGCUUCCUAGGAGACCGGACGAGUAUGGUCUUGGGAACGACUACGUUCCUCCCUAUGGACUCAGGAAGUGGAUGCAAGUCCGGGUUUUCGACUGGCCCAUUUACUCGUUCAUUCUUGGUCUGGGACAGAUCAUUGCUGCGAACUCCUACCAAAUCACUCUGUUGACUGGAGAAAUCGGACAGCGGCCUGAGAAGCUUUAUGGAAUCGCGACUGUUUACCUUGUGAGCUCAAUUGUCUGGUGGUUCCUCUUCCGCUUCUGCAGAUCGGUCGUCGUGCUGUCCCUGCCUUGGCUCUUCUAUGGCUUUGCCUUUGUCCUGAUUGGCGUUGCCCAUUACGAGAGCGAUGGGUUCGCGCGCGCUUGGAUUCAGAACGUUGGUGCUGGUGUUUACGCCGCUGCAUCGGCCAGUGGCUCAUUGUUCUUUGCCCUCAAUUUCGGAGACGAAAGCGGCGCCCCCGUUAAGGACUGGGUGUGGCGUGCAUGCAUUAUCCAGGGUACCCAGCAAGCAUACAUCAUCGGUCUCUGGUACUGGGGAACGUCCAUCUCGCAAGCAGUCACCAGGGGUGUCCCUAAUGUCCAAGCUCAUAUCACGGAGACAUGGAGAAUGACUGCCAUCUGUCUGCCGAUAGCAGUCUUCCUCUGGGUCCUUGGCCUCCUCGUCUUCCUCGGCCUGCCAAACUACUAUCGCCAGACACCCGGAAAGGUCCCAUCCUUCUACCAAUCCGUCUGUCGCCGCAAGAUCAUCCUUUGGAACUUUGUCGUGGUCAUCCUGCAGAACUUCUUCCUCAGUGCCCCUUACGGCCGAAACUGGAGCUUCCUCUGGAGCUCCGUCCACGCCGAAGCAUGGCAAAUCGGCCUAUUAGUAGUCGCCUUCUUCGGCGUCGCCUGGGUCCUCAUCCUCUUCAUCUUCGGCCGGCUCUCCAAAUCCCAUUCAUGGAUCCUCCCCGUCUUUGCCUGCGGCCUCGGCGCCCCGCGCUGGGCCCAGAUCUGGUGGGGUGUCUCAGGAAUGGGCCUGUACCUCCCCUGGGCAGGAAGCUACACCUCCGGCGCCCUAGUAUCGCGCUCUCUCUGGCUAUGGCUAGGCAUCCUUGACUCCCUGCAAGGAUUAGGCUUCGGCAUGAUCCUGCUGCAGACUCUUACGCGAAUGCAUAUCUGUUUCACGCUGCUUGCUAGCCAGGUACUUGGCUCUAUAGCCACGAUCUGCGCGAGGGGUUUCGGGCCCAAUAAUAUCGGGCCAGGGCCAAUUUCGCCUGAUGUUACGGACGGGGCGGGCGCUGUUGCGAAUGCGUGGUUUUGGAUUGCGUUGUUCUUCCAACUGUUGAUCUGUGCUGGGUUCCUCAGGUUCUUCCGGAAAGAGCAGCUAACGAAGCCCUAA